AUGUAUCCCGAAGAUGACUCCAAAAUUUCCCCGCAUGCAGCGGAGUUAUCUGCGUCGCCGGUAGAAAGCUCGAGCGCCGAGAAUGAUAUUCGUACUCCCCCCAAAGGAAGAUUUGCUUAUAUCAAGUCGCCGCGAUUUUGGCUGGUUCUGCUGAUAGGACAAAUACUAUCACUAUGCAUCACCUCUACAAACACCUUUUCCGGUCUUCUUGGGAUGGAAGGAACCUCGAUACCCGCAUUCCAGUCCUUCUUCAACUACGUUCUGCUCAACCUUGUGUACACCUCCUACACCCUGUACAAGUAUGGAUUCAAAGGAUGGUGUAAGAUGGUUUCGAAAGAAUGGUGGCGAUACAUAAUCAUGGCGUUCCUUGAUGUCGAAGGCAACUACUUCGUGGUCCUUGCAUACCGCUACACGACAAUUCUCAGCGCCCAACUAAUCAACUUCUGGGCUAUUGUCGUCGUCGUGAUCAUCUCCUUCUUCUUCCUCCAUGUGCGCUACAAGUGGACCCAAGUCCUUGGCAUCUUGAUCUGCUGCGGAGGCCUCGGUCUCUUACUUGCGAACGAUGCCAAAAACGGUAGUGUAGUCGGUGGAGUAUUGCCAACUGAGGUGAAGGGAGAUCUUUUCAUGUUACUUGGAGCAACAUUUUAUGGUUUCAGUAACGUGUUUGAAGAGUUCCUGGUGUCGAAAAAACCUAUGUAUGAGGUCAUCGGACAGAUUGGGUUCUGGGGAAUGUUGAUCAACGGCGCCCAGGCUGGUAUCUUUGACAGAAGUAGUUUCCGUACCGCAAACUGGAACUCCAAAGUUGGCGGGUACAUGACUGGAUUCACCUUGACGAUGUUCAUCUUCUACACCGUGGUCCCCAUCCUACUACGCAUGGCAUCCGCUGCGUUCUUCAACAUCUCCCUUCUCACUGCAAACUUCUGGGGUGUCUGCAUUGGAGUGCAGGUUUUUGGAUAUACAAUUGGAAAGUGGUACCCAAUCGCCUUCGUAAUGAUCAUUUUGGGUCUGGUCAUCUACUUUGUCAUGAACGGGACGCUGGGAGAGUCUGAGAAGCCCUGGCUCGGGGAGAAUCAGGAGGAGGGUGUGGCAGGUGUAGGGACUGCGAAGAGAGCCCUUGGGAAGGGACGAGGAGACGAGGCCUAG